AUGGGCCUCUUUUAUGAUCACCUCAUCCUCCCCUCUGUGCUCGACCGUCCCAGCGUCCCGGCGCCAGGCAGCUUCGACAAGACCGCCAAGAUCUGGGACUGCAACACCGGGCAGGUGCUCCACACGCUGAAGGGGCACCAGACGGAGAUCGUGUGCGUGGCCUUCUCCCUGCAGGGCACGCUGGUCGCCACUGGCAGCAUGGACAACACCGCGAAGCUGUGGGACGUCGACUCGGGGCAGCUGGUCGCAUCCCUGGAAGGACACACAGCAGAGAUCGUCUCCCUUAAUUUCAGCACGGACGGAGACAAGAUACUCACCGGGUCCUUCGACAAUACCGCUAGGGUGUGGGACGUGGCCACGGGGACGUGCAUGCACUCGCUGGAUGGGCACAAGGGCGAGAUCUCCUCCACGCAGUUCGACUUCACAGGCGAGUAUUGCGUCACUGGUAGCAUCGACCGCACGUGCAAGCUGUGGCACUGCAGCUCUGGCCAAUGCAUGGAGACCCUGCGGGGCCAUUCUGACGAGGUCCUGGACGUUUGCUUCAACGUCGCUGGCAAUCGCUUGGCCACGGCUUCGGCAGACGCGACGGCGAGAGUGUACAACGUCAUGACAGGGUCGUGCAUCUCCAUAUUGAUUGGCCAUGAGGGCGAGAUUUCCAAGGUCCAAUUUAGCCCGAAUGGCUACAGGAUAAUCUCCGCAUCGAGCGACAGAACGUGCAGGCUGUGGGCGGUCGAGACAGGCGAGUGCUUGCAGGUCUUGGAGGGCCACAGCGACGAGAUAUUUUCGUGCGCCUUCAACUACGAGGGGGACACUGUCAUUACGGGGUCCAAGGACAACACCUGCCGGAUCUGGAAGGACAAUUUCUUCAUGCCGAUGGCAGGGGACGAGGACGACUACGACCAGGGAGUCCCCGACCAGCUAGGAGGCUACAACCAGGCAGGCCUCGACCACUACGGGCACGCGGGCGCAGGGCCGGAGCCGUGAGCUCGGCGCUGCGAGACCUGCCCGCGCCGCGGGCCGCAGCGCAGCGCUGCCACCCUGGCCUGUCUCACGAGAGAUCGCCGGGGGCGCGCGGAGGGGCCGCGAGCAGCAGCAGCCCCGCGCGGCCGCCCCCGGCAGCGCGAGCAGAGCCUCGCUCCAGGGGGCCGCUGGCCGUCCGCGGGGGCGGGG